CUGAUCUCUCAGCCUUCUGUUUCACAUUUGUUUCCGUGACCGUCUGUCCUGUAUUUUGUUAACGGAGGAAGGAGGACACCAAUCACCAUCCGCGCUGCUGUGCUGGCUUUCUUGAGGCCGUCCUUUCUUUGUCCGUCGAGUAUUCACAAUCGGUGAACGUUUGCCGCGGCAUUCCUCUGUCUCGCAUUCACCGUCAUCCUUCAGUACGCCACCGAAGAAUCUCCGUUUGUCCGGCACUGCGGGAGCAAGGCAUUCACCCGAAAUUGCUCUUGCGUGUCUCUCUCCACUGUGUUCGUCCUGGCUGUCUUUUUUCGCAAUCACAUGCGAGUCUCGCUUCGUCCUGGGCUUUUGUUGUUGUGCACUGAGAUACAAGGAAGCGGCCGGCGAGCGCAUUUCUUACGAACGAAUGGGAGUGACGUCGGCAGCGCGGCGUUGGCUCUCCCGCUCUUCUCGACGCUGUUGAUUUCCUCCCGUUCCUGACCUCUGCAGUUUCUUGCCCCUCCGUGCUCGUUGUGUGCGUGUUCUGAUAAAGCCCGCCAGGUCCAGGUGUCGGGAGUGAAGGAGGGUCCGUGAUUUCUUUGGUUUUCACCAGUGGAUCUCGGUCUUUUCCAAUUUUCCCCGGUCACCAAUUCGUCUGCCUCACGUUUGCCGCUCCGCAUCCCCUGUGGGGUUUCUUCCUUCGUUGAUGCUAGUGCCUCUUGUGGAUAUAUCGCCAGCUCUACUCGAACUUGCCUUUCCCGGCGUUUCUUCCCCACACGGUAGAGGGCAACAGCCGAGCCGUUGCCUCUUUUUAAGGUCCGACCUGUCGUCAGGCGAGGUCUCUCCCGAUUCUCCCACUUCGUGUACACAAUCUGUACUGCUGUUUGCCUUCCCGUGUGAUUCUGAGCUGCGAGUGCGCCUAUCUCCCCGCCCAAGCACUCCAUUGCACCUGUGCUCUUGAGGUUUCUCCUGACACGCGUGCUUUCUCCGGCCUUUCCCUGCCUUUCUCCCGUUCCCACUCUUUCUUUCACCCCGCUUCUCCUCCCCCCUCUUUCCGGCAACCCAUUUGCUUGUCUGCUGCGUUCCGUCUGGUCCGUGAGUGCUUCUCACACUCUACGACUUCGUGUUCACCUGCGAGUCUGGCUUCCUUGCUUGCGGCCAGCUUUCCACGAGCUAGCUUUUCACGACCUAACUUUCCAUGAUCUAGGUUUCCUGGACCUUGCAUUUGCUUCCUCGUUUACACCACCAUGGCUCAGAAAGAAGGUGUGGCGGUGGCCAUGGCCGCCGGCCUCGCUGCAGCUGCCGCGGCAAUGGAUGAUCAGAUUGACCAGAACGCGCUCCAGGCGUUUAUGCGCCAGCAAAUGAGUCGAGCUGGCGGCCGAGGGUGUGCGACUCCAGACGCGAGAGAUGCAGGGGAAGAGAACGGCGUGAAAGACGCAGGAGGCGCCCGCGCGACCGCCGAGAGCAAAUCCACGGGCGGAGAGGAAACAACAGGAGCCCCAGGCUUUGCGACAGACUUUGAGGCUGUCAAACACAAACACCUUCGAGAGGUUGAUGACCAGUCCGCCGUCGUGGUCGAUCGGGCAGACGGGUCUUCGGGCGCUCCCGUAUCAGCGUCGUCUUGGACGGACUUGAACCUCAAGAAAGAACUGCUUUUGGGUGUGGAGAACCAGGGCUUCAGCAAGCCUUCAAAAAUCCAGGCGGCGGCUCUUCCUCUGAUUUUCGAUCGGGAUGAGAACCUCAUUGCCCAGGCUCAGAACGGAAGCGGAAAGACUGCAACAUUUGCUCUUGCGAUGUUGACCAAAGUGGACAACAACCUGAAGGCGCCACAAGCCCUCUGUCUCUGUCCCACUCGAGAGCUCGCUCAACAGACUGUCCGCGUCAUCGAGUCGCUGGCGAGGUUCACCGACACUUCCAUUUUUGUGGCCAUCCCUCAAAAGUCGGAUGCGCCGGCUGCUUCUCCGAUGCCAGCACAGGGGACAGGAAAGUGCAAGGUGUACACGACGCUAACGAGCCCUGUGGUGCAGUCGCCUAUCGUUGUGGGGACCCCGGGAAAGUGCAUGGAAUUGCUGAAGAAGAGGAAGUUCGGGGCGGACACUGUGAAGCUGUUUGUGCUGGAUGAGGCCGACGAACUCAUCAACUUCUCCAAUAACAUGGCCCCUCAGGUGCAACAGAUUCGACGCUUCUUCCCUCAACGUCUCCAGAUUCUUCUUUUCUCGGCCACGUUCUCCGAAGAAGUCCGGGGCUUUGCCGAGAAACUUAUGCCAACGGCAAACAAAAUCACGGUGAAAAAGGAGGAACUCACUUUGUCGUGCAUCAAGCAGUACUACAUUCCCUGCGAUCAGCGGGCGGCAUCUCUGGGGGCCGCGCCGACUCCGGCACGAGACUCGCCUCUGCCUUACCGCCUCGAUUCGUCUUUCUACCAGAAGUUCGCGGUUUUGUCCUCCUUGUAUUCGUCCAUGUGUCUCGGCCAGUCGGUCAUUUUCGUCAACAGUAGAAGAAGCGCUUUUUCCUUGGCGCUCAAGAUGCAGGAGGAGGGCUACGCCGUCUCGCUUAUUUGCGGCACUCAGGCUCAGGGCCCCGAGAAGAUGGGCAUCGAAAUGCGAGACCGGAUCAUGGACGAGUUCCGAAAAGGCGAAACUAAGGUGCUGAUCUGUACGGAUGUCUUGGCUCGUGGCAUCGAUGUCCCUCAAGUGACUCUCGUCGUCAACUUCGAUCUACCGCUCGUUUACCAAGGACGCGUGGGACCUGAAGGCGCUCCCGGAAGCGCCCAUGGAGUGCGGGGAGGACCAUUCGGAGGCGGCUGGGAAGGCCAGGCCGACGGCAUGCAGAUGCAGGCAGGUGGCCGCGAAGGGCCACGAGUGAACAUGGAAACCUACAUCCACCGUAUUGGUCGAACAGGCCGGUUCGGCCUCAAAGGCAUUGCAAUCAAUCUAGUCAAUAGCCAUGAGGAACAUCUGCUACAACAGAUUCGCGACUUUUACAGAUGCGACAUCGAGUGUAUGAAUGAGGACCCUGAGGACGUCGAAGAGAUGAUCAGAAAACUCCGGAUAUGAUAGUCUCCCGCUUCAGGAGAAACCUCGUGGGAAAACAACUUGUCCGUCAAAACACACUGAGAGCCCUCGUGUUCGAGGACAGCGAAGUUUUCUGCGCAAGUGUGUGUCUUGCUCCUAUUCGUGGGAGUGCCUUUCAUAGCGCCGUGUGGAGACAAGUGCAGGGAUAAACGACAUUCUGUUUUCCACUAACUUUGGAUGAGGGUCGACGCAGUUCGGCUCUCCGUUUCCACCGUUUCCUGGUGGCAGUGGCCGGGGAGUCCGUUCUAUCGCGGCUGCUUCCCGACAUGAUGUUAGUUUUCAAAACAUACGUCACAUGAGUUCUUCCGUGCUCCUUCGCCUUUCCAACGGAGCGGUUGGUACCGGAUUGAGCAAGCGCAACAAAAAGACCUGUUGUAGCUCAGGGAAUUGAUUCACGAGCUGACCCGUUCUGCGCGGGAGCGACUGCCGAAAACGCAAACGAAAGUGGCACACAGAGAUAUGCGGUAUGCCACGGUCUCCACGUAUAGGUGUGUCUUCUUCCAAGCAUGGCUAUUUAUCCCACGUGGCCGACUGCUGAUAAUUCGCAGACAGAAUGAGACAUUUGAAGCACAUGUUGCGAGGUUUUCAAACCACCGCCUCGUUCAACUCUGCAAGCGUCGACUUCAGGGCCAAAGCAGGCCGCGCCUCCCAUUUUGCCAGCAUACACUCCUGUUGCUUAAUUCGAAUUUCGAAACCAUGUCGAUGAAGUGUCGGUCAAAUCGAGGUGCUGAGGCGGAACCAUUCGUUUUAGUGUUUCGUGUAGCUAGUCGGCCUUAUCGGUACAUCAUCUCUUUAUUAGGACAGUUAGUACGUUUCCUGGCAACUGGAGGCAGCGCCCCUGUGAGGUGUUUUUCAUGUCGACAAGACAUGAGCCAAUGUGGUGCAUUCGCUUCCGUCGUGCAAGGGGCAGAACGGCUGAUGGACACUGGCUUUCCGGAAGGCAGAAAACAUGCAUGAAUACGAUGAACGUAGCGAGUGCUGCUGACGUCGUUGCUGCGUCGGAACGCGGAUACAUAACGCAUUUGCCUUUUCUGGCUCAGUUCUUCAAUCGAUGGAAAGACAUGGUGUUCUACCCACUUCUCCAGUCAAAUGGCUGAAGCUAGUGUUGUUCUAGGGGCUGCAGAUUUUGCACACAAGCGAAUGCCUGCGUAGUGGUUUCCUUGCAUUUCCUUUUUUUUCAUUUGUGUAUGACGGGCCGCUUGCGUAGUGUUGAUGUGCAGGAACCUUACGCCGGAAGCAACAGCAGC